AUGGAGGAAAAGAUCCCUCCUAUUCUUAGGAAUCUGUGUCACAAGCCAAAGAAUGUGGAUGGUCUAGAAGCUAGAAAAGGUAAGAAAUGUCUUGGGGCCAGUGUGCAAUGGAUAACACGUCUGAUUACCAAAAGAAACACUCCUGAUUGGAGCUAUGAUGAUGUUCCAAUUCCUUUUGGUACCAAGAACCUAGUUACGCGAACUACCCACGCUAUCGGUCCUUCCAGAGUCUCACAGCCCGGCCGCCACACCAUUGAUACCCUCAGACAAGUGGUCAAUUUCGGCCUCGGGCCAGCCAAGCUGCCGCACUCCGUAUUGCUGGAGAUACAAAAGGAUUUACUAAACUACAAAGGCGUUGGAAUUAGUGUUCUUGAAAUGAGCCACAGGUCAUCCAAUUUUGCUAAGAUUAUAAACACCACAGAGAAUCUGGUGCAGGAAUUGUUAGCCAUUCCAGAUAACUCCAAGGUGAUUUUUGUGCAAGGAGGUGGGUCUGGCCAGUUCAUUGCUGUCCCCUUAAAUCUGAUUGGCCUGAAGACAGGCAGAUGUGCGGACAACGUGGUGACAGGAGCUUGGUCAGCUAAGGGUGCAGAAGAAGCCAAGAAGAUUGGGACUGUAAAUAUCGUCCACCCCAAACUCGGAAGCUAUACAAAAAUUCCAGAUCCAAACACCUGGAACCUCAACCCAGAUGCCUCUUACGUGUAUUACUGCACAAACGAGACCGUGCAUGGGGUGGAAUUUGAUUUUAUACCCGAUGUCAAAGGUGCAGUGUUGGUUUGUGACAUAUCUUCAAACUUCCUGUCCAAGCCCGUGGAUGUUUCCAAGUUUGGGGUGAUUUUUGCUGGUGCUCAGAAGAACGUAGGCUCUCCUAGGGUCACAGUGGUGAUCGUGCGUGAUGACCUACUGGGGUUUGCUCUCUGGGAAUGCCCCUCCGUCCUGGAGUACAAAGUGCAAGCUGGAAACAGCUCAUUGUACAACACACCUCAAUGCUUCAGCAUCUAUGUCAUGGGUCUGGUUCUGGAGUGGAUUAAGAACAGUGGCGGUGCAGCAGCCACGGAGAAGGUCAGCAUCGUCAAAUCUCAAAUGAUUUACUAUAUCAUCGGUAACUCUCAAGGGUUCUAUGUAUAUCCAGUGGAGCCCGAGAAUAGAAGCAAGAUGAAUAUUCCAUUCUGCAUUGGCAAUGCCAAAGGAGAGGAUGCUCUAGGAAAAAGAUUUCUUGAUAAAGCUCUUGAGCACAAUAUGCUGUCUUUGAAAGGCCACAGGUCUGUGGGAGGCAUCCGCACCUCGCUCUAUAACGCUGUCACCUUCGAAGACAUUCAGAAGCUGGCAGCCUUCAUGAAAAACUUUUUGCAGAUGCAUCAGCUUUGA